CCGUCGCGGCGCCGGGGGACGGUCCCGACGCCUCCGCGGAGUCCACUGUGGUCCCUGAGCGUGUGGGCAGGGCUGCCGGGGGCUUCCGCGGGCUCGGCCUCUCCCACCCCGGGAGGAAAAAGCAGGGGGGGAAGCCCCCCGGUGCCUCCGGAGAACCGCGGUUCCCGAGCUGCGCCGGUGCUGAAGAGGAGGCCGGGCGGGGCCCGCGCGCGUCGUGCCUGUCGCCGUCCGUGUCCGGAGCGGCGGCCCGCGCCCGCCAGCUGGGCGCCCCGGGUUCCCCCGAAGCCCCCGGGUCGCAGGGGCUCCACCCUGCGGGGUGUGAGCGACGGCCGGCCCGGGGCCUCGCCGCGGCCUCCAGCGCACUAGCCCCGGGGAAUGCAGCGGCCCCCGACCCUUGCUGCCUCUCGGUGUCUGGGCUGGGCCUCCUCGCUCGCCUGCUCGGCGGCCUCGACGCUCCUGGGUCGCCUCGGCCCGGCCCCCGUCAUGGCAGCCAAGUGGUUCAAGGAGUUCCCCCUGAACCUGAAGACCGCGUCCGAGCGGGCCAAGCCCGGGGCCGCGGGCGGUGGCAAGCCGCGCAAAAACUCGGAGGCGGGCGGCGCGGGGCCCACCCUGGGCAAGGGUCGCAAGAACUCGGCGGCCGAACUGGGAAGCGGCAAGGCCACCAGCGGCCCCCCGAAGGACAGCCGGCUGUCCCGGGACAGCCUGCAGGGUCUGAUCCAAGCCGCGGCGGGCAAGGGCCGAAAGAACUCCCGGGCUACCGAGGAGGAGCCCCAUCGCGGCGCGGCCAAGAGCUCGGGCUGCAGCACCUACAUCAACAGGCUCAUCAAGGUGGAUACGCAGGAGAAGAAUGGGAAGAACAGCUACCCUGGCAGCAGCAGCAGCAGCAGCAGCAGCGGAAGCAGCAGCAGCUCCUCAUCCCCAGCAUCGUCUUCUCCUUCCUCCCUGGGCCCCGAGCUGGACAAGGGCAAGAUUCUCAAGCAGCAAGAUGCGGUCAUCAUUUUAGAAGACUAUGCUGACCCUUACGAUGCCAAACGGACAAAGGGUCAAAGGGAUGCAGAGAGAGUGGGUGAGAACGAUGGCUACAUGGAACCCUAUGACGCACAGCAAAUGAUAACAGAAAUCAGGCGCAGAGGUUCCAAAGACCCCCUGGUGAAGGCCCUGCAGAUGCUGGACAGCCCCUGCGAGCCAGGGGAGAACAGCAGCACCAAGUCAGAGACGCUGGCCAAGAGACGAAGUUCCAAGGACCUCCUGGGGAAGCCACCCCAGCUCUAUGACACACCCUAUGAGCCAGCGGAGGGGGGCUCCCGGGUGGAGGCCAAGGCCUGGCCCUCAGACAGCCGGCUACCCGAGGACGAUGAGAGGCCAGCGGCAGAGUAUGAGCAGCCAUGGGAGUGGAAGAGGGAGCAGAUUGUGCGCGCACUGUCAGUCCAGUUUGAAGGAUCUGAGCGAGCUUCUGGCCGGGAGGAGACAGUAAGGCAGCACCACCGGCAGAAGAGCUGGACCCAGAAGAUCUUGAAGCCAACCUUGUCAGACCACAGCGAGGGCGAGAAGGUGGACCCCGGCCUGCCCCUAGAGAAGCAGCCCUGGUAUCACGGCACUAUUACCCGGGCUGAGGCUGAGAGCCGACUCCAGCCCUGCAGAGAAGCUGGUUACCUGGUUCGAAACAGUGUCGGGAACAGCAGGUACUCCAUUGCUCUGAAGACUAGUCAAGGAUGUGUCCACAUCAUUGUGGCACAGACAAAAGACAACAAAUACACACUGAAUCAGACAAGUGCUGUGUUUGACAGCAUCCCCGAAGUGGUACACUACUAUUCCAAUGAAAAGUUGCCUUUCAAAGGGGCAGAACAUAUGACCCUCCUCUACCCCGUGCACAUCAAGCUUCACUAAGGUCCAGCUGACAAGAGCCCUGGGCCUCUGGCAUUGAAGAGGUCAGCGGCACUCAACCUGCAUCUCAGUGGACUGGGCAAACAACACCGCCUUCCACCUCUUGCAGAGUGGAGUCAUCAGCUUAAGUCAGGAAUGCUGUUGUCUUGACUCCCUUCUGGGACACUAGAUUUCUUACCCAUUCUUUUUUGCCUUGCUAAGUCGCUGCACUGUCAGAAAGCACAAUAUAACUGUUGCCUUCUUCUCUGGAGCAGGAAUUUGCCAGGUAACCCUCAGGAAAAGUAAGUUAGGAACAUUGAGUUGUUCCCUGGAAUACCUGGGCCUUAAACCAACAGAAGACCACUUCUGUGGUCAUGUGAUCUGAAGAGUAUGUAGUGAUGGGUGGACGGUAGAAAAUGUGAGACUUGAGCAAGGGAAUGUCUUCCUCCAACAAGAGAAUGUCUUCCUUCCUAACUCAGCUCUGGCUUUCAUGUAGAUUCACAACUUCAAGGUCUGGCAAAAGGACUCUUUUGUUGGUCAGACUUUUCAGUUUCUGUGGACUUUCUCAUUGUUCUUCAAUGAUGAAUAAUUAAGAUGCACAGAUUUAAGAACCACUGAUGUUAUUAACGUUGAUAUCCUUAUGGUCAUUCUGUAUUAUAGGAUAACAUAUACCCCCAAGGAUUUCAUUUCUAAUUUUUUUUUAAUUCUAAAGCUCAACAGCUGUUUUCUUAUUGGGUAAAUAGCAUAGAAUUCCAGAUUAUCUUUUUGUUCUCCCUUUGAGUGUUCUAGUUGUCAUAGGAUCAUCUUUAAGUUUUGUCUCUAAAAUAAGAUUGGCUCUGUAUUUUUAGUAAUUUUUAAUACAGCCUUGGAAUCCAAUCAUAUGAACUAGGUCAGUGGAGUUGGUAAAGAUUCCCUCCUAACACAGUGGACCAGUUUACACCACACAAAAGUAUUUUAAAAGAUUUGGAAGUUGUCUCUAGUAUUCCUUAAGGUAUUAAUAGUAGUAGUGCUGUUCUGUCUCUGAGUUAUUGUGAAGACUUAUCACCAGUCUAUUUACUGUGAAAAUCCCAUGGGAAUGGCAUCCUGUAAGGUGACGUCUACAGCAAGUGGCUGACGAAACCAAACAGCUGUUUCUAGCUCUGGGGUUUGUGAUCUUCUCAACACUGGUCCAGAUGCAAAUGUGCUGAAUGAUAUUAAUGAAAAGUUCACUCCUUUACUUCAAAUACGCACAUACAUACUUAACACUGAUUGAAUUGAUUUUUUAGGAAAGUAUGUUCUUCUGAUUAUUUUUUUUUUAGUUGUGCUUUAGAGGUCACUAGAUUUCUUAACUGCUUUUGCAGUUCAGAUCUUAGCAAGAAGCUUGUAUCAUCUUUGGUUUUAAAGGGAUCAAAGAAGCCAGGCGCCAGUGGCUCACGCCUGUAAUCCUAGCUAUUCAGGAGGCUGAGCUCUAUGGAUCACAGUUUAAAACCAACCCAGACAGGAAAGUCCAUGAGACUCUAUCUCCAAUUAAC